UCUCACACAGAGUACAUGAGUUCAAACUGCCUUCUGAUCAUUUCCUGAGGCUUUGGAUGCAACUCAAACAACAAAAAUGGGAUUACUCACUGUGUUCUGUGGGAUUUCUGUUGCCUUUUUGGGUUUAGUCUCAGGAGCUGGUGUGUUGCCUGACUCUGUGGAUGCAGCUCUAGGAGGCACAGUCAUGUUCACCACAUCACUGGCUCCAACACAAACUCCAUUUAUAUCAAUAUCCUGGUCAACUGGCACUAAAAAUAUCAUCAGUUCAAAUGCUGCUGGUGGUAACUUCACUGGUCCAGAGUAUGAAGGCAGGAUCACUCUGUUCAUCUCUACUGGAUCUCUGGAGCUCAGGAACGUGGCUCUUAGUGACACUGGACAGUACAGUGUUAACAUAGUAACAGGAGAUGGACCAACACUUGGAUCCAUUUUAUUGAACGUUUAUGAGCCAGUGUCUAAUGUGAGAGUCACAGUCAACAGCUCAGACUUAGUGGAGUUCAACAGUUCUGUGACUCUCUCCUGUUCUGCUGAUGGGGCCAAUUCGACAACUUUCCUCUGGUUAAAUGGCAGUACUGAAGUUACAGCCAGUGACAGAGUGCACCUCACUGAUGGAGGAGCAACUCUCACUAUAACCACUGUGGGGCGCUAUGACCAGGGACCAUUCACAUGUAAAGUGUCUAAUCCUGUCAGUAGCAGCAUCAGUGACCCAGAACAACUCUUCAUCAACUAUGGACCUGAUGGUCCCAUUUUGAGCGUCUCUCCUUUACUUGAUUACUAUGAGGAAGGCUCAGACGUGUCUCUGUCCUGCUCAGCUGACUCCAGACCUGCAGCUCAGUUUAAAUGGCUUUUAAAUGGAACGUUAUUGUCUUUUACUGGAGCACAAAUGGAACUUAAGACCAUCCAGACGAGUCAGAGUGGAAACUACAGCUGUCAGGCUUUCAACAACAAAACUCUGAGAUAUACAACGUCUCAGCCUGCAAGCAUCUCUGUGCUGGGGAGAAUCACAAAUAUUCAUGUUGAGUCAUCAUCCAAUGAGCCAAUCGAAGGCGCCUCAGUGAAUAUAACCUGUGAUGCCUCUGGUUCCAUCUUCACCAGAAAGUGGUUGAUAAAUGAACAGGAGCUAAAUCCUUCUGAAAACAUUGUAUUUUAUGAACAAAAACGAGUGUUGUCCCUUAGAGUCUUGAACAGAAAAGACAGUGGAAAAUACGUGUGUGAAAUCAGCAACCCCAUCAGCACUCAGACAACUGUUUACACUCUGAGUGUAAUCUAUGGACCAGAAAAUGUUCAAAUCUCAGGUCCAGAAAAGAUUCAAGUGAAAAAAACACUAAAAUUAACCUGUUUUAGUGACUCUGUACCAGCUGCUAACUACACCUGGAUAAAGAAUGGGACUGUUCUCACUCAGUCGUCUGAAUAUAUCAAAUCCAUGGCUGGAUCUUCAGACAGUGGACAGUACAUCUGUCGAGCUUCAAAUGAAAUCACAAAGAAAACAUCUGAGGCAGCACAUACACUGCUUGUUACAGCUCCCAGUGGCUGUUCGGCAGGCUGCAUUGUUGGAAUAGUAUUUGGGUGUAUUGCACUUGCUCUAGUUGUGUUUGCUGGAGUGUUUUUCUUCCUCAGGAAAAAUAGAAAGCUGGGGGAAAAGUCAAACUCUCGAACAGAUGGUGGAGGUCAGGACAACUCUGCAUAUGCACAAAAUCAGGAGGUGAAUUAUGCCGACAUCAAGUUUGUCAGAAAGGAUGGUGGCGCGGUGCAUCUAUCUCCACCGAAUCAGACAGAAUAUGCAGAGGUGCAAAAAAGAAACGAUCAACCAGCUUCCAGACUGCCGACCUACAACGACCACGUGAAGAGAGUGAGAAGACCCCCUCCUAUGCCCCCGACCACAGGCACAGAGUACGCUGAGAUACGCAGGAAAUGACAUCACCUCAGAGUUUUUCUUUUGUCAACAGACUCAGUGAUGUUUAUAGCAACGGCGAUUGGACUUGAGUUUGUAGCUGGUUAAUAAUUGUCAGACAAAUGAGACAAGAGGUGGCUUUCAUUUUCCCAUGCAUUAUAAAACCAGAUGUACUGUCUGUAAAUAGACCUUUAUAUAAGGCUAUGGAAUUAUGCAAAUUAGAGUCAGGCAGCAUUUUACUUGAGUUGGUUUGAAUUUUAACACUCCUUAGAUAGAAUAUUGUUGUGUUUUGUUUUUGUUUUUUGUUUUUGUUUUUGUUUUUGUUUUGUGUGAUUUUUAUGAUUGUGACCUGCAGUGCAGCUCCCCACUUGAACCCAUGUGAACUUAAUUCGACUUAUUCAGGGUUUUAAUGUGUGUGGUCUUUGUUUGUAACUUACUUCAAAAUGUUAUAAUUAAUUACAUUCUCAAAUAAAUAAUUAAGCAGAUGUCUCACUUACAAAUUGAAGAAUGUUUAAAGGGCAUUUAUCUUGCUAAGUGAACUGGGAUUAAUCUGAAUUCAACCUUGAGGAGUGUAAGGAUAAGUAUUUUACCAGUGUCAGGAUGCAGCACAUGGUUUAUUUGUGUGCACCAAGUCAUUCUAAAACAGAAAAUAUGUAAAGACUAUGAUUGAAUAAAUGCAAAAAAAAUUUAUCUUUUAUUUUUGUUUUGAUUUUUAAAGAUUGAGUACAUGUUAAAGCCUUUUCUCAUUCUCAGUGUACAAAGCUUUAUAUCAGAUUGUGACAAAAUGCACUGUGUGUCUAAUCAUCUUGACCUAAUAAUCUCUUGUGUAAAUGAAAAAAGGAGGUGUCAGUGAUCACUAAGAUGAGAUAAGCAGGAAUAAAAAAGGCCAACAGUUCAACUUCCAGCAAAUAAUAAAAGUAAGUAGAUUACAGUUAUAGCUCUGAUUAAAUUCAGUGCAUGUAACUUGCUUAUCGAACAAAAUAAUACUUUUUUGUGAAGGUACAAUCUACAAACUUCCGUGUUUUUAGACCAUAGGUUAUCUUUUAGAGAACAGCUCUUCCCCUCAGAGCGUGGGCUGUUGACUAACUUCCGUGAACACAUCAGAUGACUCAAUGAGUUACGGUUAGACCAACUGGAUGUAGAUGGUUAAAUAUUCAGCCAUGUCGUAGCAGAGAGUGGACUUUGGAUAAAGUCUGUUCAAAGUGACUGGCGUGAGAAACAGCAGCAUCUAGUGUUCAUACUGUAGGUGUGUCAGUGUAAAAAGUGUAAAAAGUUUUUUGGUUUGUGCAAUGAAUUAUGUUAUGAACACUUUAUUCAAUUUAAAGUGAAUCAAAUGGAUAGACUGCAAAUUAGGUUGCAGGGUAUUUUCUAAUGUCAAUAAAGGUGUACAACAGAACAGAUCCACAAAUUCACAAGUGCCAUAAAGUGUUAAUGUUUGGUGAAGUGCAGGUGAAAGUAUGGAGCGUUGCUGUAACUACCUUUUAUCAUAAAUAACUUUCCUAUCAAAAGCCAAUGACCUUUCACCUUCUCAUCAAGAGAUAUUUUAUAUAGCC